UACAUGAUAACUUAGUUGUUUCACUCCUAAAUCAGCUGCAGUGUGUGACACAAGGGUUGAUUAAAAUGAAGCGAAACUCGCCUCUGGUUGCUAUCAUGGUAAUGGCGUCAAUUUACGGAACUGUGAAAGGCGAAGUGGUUAAUCCCUGUGAUGAUGGAAUAGAUCUGGGAAUCAUAGUAGACAGAUCCAAAAGUGUCGGAAAGGAAAACUUCCUCAUUGUGAAAGCUGCUGUGAAGAACUUCGUGGACAACUUCGACAUCCAACCUGACAGGACUCACCUAUCGCUGAUUUUCUUUGCCGGUUCGCCACUUCACUUGUUUAAUCUAAGUGAUCCCAAUUACCACAGCAACAAGGCAGUGAAAGACGCAAUGGAUAAUCUCCCAGACAGACUGUAUGGUGCCACGAGGACAGAUUUAGCGCUGAUGAAAGCCCAUGAUCAUUUGUUUCACCCGGGACAGGACAGACGCAAACGACCAAAUGUGCUUUUGGUGUUGACGGAUGGAGCUACUGCGUCGGAGUCAGCGCCCUACAGUGAGACGAUUCCUCCACUUGAAGACAAAGGUGUCAAUAUAAUUGCAGUUGGUAUUGGAAAAGGCAUUAAAAAAGAGGAACUGGAAAAUAUUGCCGGUGAACGUGGUUCGGUGGUACAAGUUGCAGAUUUUAGUCUUCUCGCUAGCAAGCUGAGCGAAAUAUUAGCUGAUGUUUGCAUUAUAAAUGGUGGCUAUACACAUUGGUCUCCCUGGUCAGAAUGCAGUGCGACAUGUGGUGAGGGCUUCAGAACGAGAUUCAGGAACUGUUCGAAUCCGGAGCCAAUGGGAGGCGGGAAAAAUUGUGACGAAAUAGGACCAGCUGAAGAACAAGAAGCCUGUGACCUUCCUGCGUGUGAUUUAUCUGUUGAUGGUGGAUACACUCGCUGGACGACAUGGACCAAGUGUAGUAAAACCUGUGGUACUGGUACUCAGAUACGAGUCAGAACUUGCACCAGUCCACCACCUAAUGCUGGGGGUAAAAAUUGUGAUGACUUGGGUGAACCCCAGGAGGUGAAGAAAUGUAAACUGCCGAAAUGUGUGAAAGGGAAAUCUCCAUGCAAAGAGGGCCUGGACCUAGGCAUUCUUAUUGAUCGGUCAUUAAGCAUUAGGCCAAGAAACCUCGAACGCCUUCUAAAAGUCUUCUUCCCCAAAUUUUUUAAACGCAUGAGCAUUUCAAAAAGCAAAACCCGUAUUGGUAUAAUCAAGUACGACAAAAGUGCAACUGUCUUUGCUCCGUUCAAUGGGCCAAACUCGAAUUCUUUAAAGAAAGCGACCGCCUUUGUACAAGGCCUGGACCCAAGUGUCUAUCUACAGACGCGGACAGACAAAGGACUUAUCGCAGCAUACAAAGAGCUGUUCACUAGAAAGGGAGGUGACAGAAACAAGAGACAAAAUGUCCUACUGACAUUCACUGAUGGGCGAGCCUGGCCAAGGAGACGCAUAAAACCUUUUUCGUUGACAGUUCCUCCGCUGAGGGAAAAGAAAAAAUGUCAUAUGGUUGCUGUCGGUUACGGCGUUCCAACAAAAUUGAAUAUGACUCAACUCCAAGAAAUCGCAGGAGAUAAGGCGAUCCUUGUUCCAAGGCCGAGGCAAAUCAGAAAAAUGGUUGGAAAAAUAAAGAAAGCAGUCUGUCAGAUAGAUGGAGGGUACUCAAAGUGGAGUCAGUGGUCACUUUGCAGUGCAACGUGCGGAGUAGGAGUCAAAGUUCGAAGCAGGACAUGCACUGCACCACCACCGAGAAAAAAGGGCAAAGACUGUUCUAAGUUGGGAGACGGUGUGGAAACAGUGGAGUGUAAUGAAGGAGAAUGUCCAACAGGCCCAACUCCAUGUAACAAAAAGAAUUUGGACGUUUGUUUGAUUGUGGAUGCCUCACUGAGUGUUGGAGUUCAGAAUUUUGUGCGAGUGAAAUCCUUCCUGGUGCAAUUCGUCCAUCAGUUCGAACCCGGAACACAUUUCAGUGUCAUUACCUUUAGCGGAAAGCCUCAUGUCCAAUGCAAGUUCUCCGAUUCUAAGUGCCAAGGCACAGACAAUACGCAUGAUACCAUCGCAGAAAUUCCUGACCGAGUUACAUGGGGUACUUUCACUGAUACAGCUUUAGUUGCCGCUGACCAGAUUGUCUACACACCGGAAGGUGGUGAUAGGCCGGACGCCUCUAAUGUGGUUGUGGUUAUAACAGAUGGCAAAACAAUGAGGGGCUCUCAACCGUUCAACGUCACUGUUCCUCCAUUGCGGGAGGGAAAAAAAGCAAAAGUGUUGGCAUUCGGUGUUGGUCCAUCCAUUCGAGAGGAGGAUCUGAACGAGAUGGCUGGAGAGAGCAACUGGUUCUACGUCGACGAAUUUGUAGAUAUGAAAUACAGAAUCCGCGAUAUUCUGGGCGUAGCCUGCAACAACACAGCCACUCUGCCGCAGUAGUUUCAACUCCUUACGGAAGCUUUAAGAGUCAUUUUAGGAUACAGAUCACAGAUAUGGCGGGGUAAUUAAAUUACCAAAAUAUUUCAGCGGGAUGUAGCUGAUGACCUAAAAAUAUCACGACGCGGUUGGAACUGCAAGGGAUUCUAUUGUCAAUUUUCACGCUAUGGGAAAAACAAUCUAGAUUUUUAAGUUGGUACUUCAACAGAAUAAAAUUAAACAAGUGUUGAUCGA